AUGGAAAAAACUGAACAACUUAACGACGAAUCUGUGUUACAUGAUGAUCACCUUGAAACAUUUAGUCUUCUCUGGAUGAGAGGCGAAAUUAACAAAAAUGAGAUAAAUCAAAAUAAUGAACAUAAAUUACGUGCAAUUAUUAAUUAUUUGAAAAUAUUUGAAAAAAUUGAUCAAUGUCAACAAUAUAUUCAAUCUAUGCCAAAAGAAGAUCGGUCGAUUUUAAUUGUUAAUGAUAAAUUUAGUCGUGAAUUAGUAGAAAAUAUUCAUAAUUUUUGUCAAGUAUCUUCUAUUUAUGUUUAUUGUUCUAAUGAAAAAAAACAUAAACAAUGGAGUAAAAAUUUUUCAAAGAUUCGAGCCAUAACAAAUCAAUUUGAUGAUAUUCUUAUUCAAAUUGAACUUGAUCAGAAAAUACGAAUGAAAAUCGAAGAACCUCUAUCGAUAAAACCAUUAAAUGUUAAUGAUGAUAUAAAUAUAUCAACAACAAAACUUGAUGAAUCUUGUAUUUAUUUUCAAAUUUUUAUUGAUAUUUUACUUCGAAUACGAUCAAAUGAAGAAGAUAUAAAUGAAUUUUUUUAUCUUUGUAAAAAAGAAUACAAAGGUAAUAAGAAUCAUUUAGCUACUCUUCGCGAAUUUGAACAUAAUUAUUCAUCUAAUACAGCAAUACAAUGGUUCAUUCAUAGACCAUUUUUACAAAAAAUAUUGAAUAAAGCUUUUCAAUUAGAAAAUAUUGAUAUUAUUUAUCUAUUUCGACCAUUUAUUCGAGAUAUUUGUUAUCAAUUAAGAUACAAUCAAUAUCCAUCAUCAAUUAAAUUAUAUAAAGGUCAAUUAAUAUCAAAAAAUAAAUUAAAUUAUUUAAAAAAGUUUGCUGGAAAAUUAAUUUCUAUAAAUUCAUUUUUAUUAGCAAGUACAAAUCAAGAAUCAGUUAUAAAUGAUUUAGAAGAAACAACUCCUUCAAAUCCUAUUCAAAAAGUAUUAUUUGAAAUUGAAGCUGAUCCUGGAGAAGAUAUUUCAAUACCUUUUGCUGAUAUUAAUUUCGAUAAUGAUCAAAAUGAUGAAAAGAAUAUUCUAUUUAUGGUUGGUUCGAUUUUUCGACUUAUUUCUAUAUCAUAUGACAAAAAUAAAAGAUGCAUUAUUAAAUUAAAAUUAUGUAAUGAUAAUGAACCAGAUUUAAAACAAAUCUUCGAAAAUAUAAGAAAAGAAUAUGGAUAUGGAGAAACAAAUCUUCUUGCAUUAGGAAUGAUAUUAAGAGAUAUGAACAAAUUUUAUUUAGCUGAAAAAUAUUUAAUUCGUAUGCUUAAACAACUUCCUCAUAAUGAUCCUUUACUUGAUGCUUUAUAUCCUUCACUUGGUUUACUAGCUAAAGAUAAAGAUGAUUAUGAUAAAUGUUUAUAUUGGUAUCGUAAAGCAUUAAAAAUCUACAUGAUUACUCGUCCAUCUGAUUAUCUCACUAUUGGUGAUACAUAUAAUACAAUUGGCAUGAUUUAUCAUGCAAACAAAUGUCAAUAUGAUAAGGCAUUAGAUUAUUUUAGUAAAGCUAUUUUAAUUUUCAAACAAUUUGAUGCUGAAAUGGAUCCAAUGAUGGCGAGAUUUUAUGAUAGUAUUGGUGCUGUUCAAGAAGAACAAAGAAAUUAUUCUCAAGCACUUAUAUCUUAUCAAAAAUCAUUUAAUAUUAAAAAAAAAAAUCUUCCGAAUAAUCAUAUUGAUUUUAGUGUAUCAUAUAAAAAUAUUGCUGCUGCUAAUGGAUAUCUUGGAUCUUAUGAUACUGCAUUAGAAUUCUAUAAAAAAGCACUUGAUAUUCAAAUUAAAUCAUUUCCAUUACAACAUCCUGCUAUUGCUUUAACAUAUGCAAAUAUGGCUGCAGUCUAUGCUGCAAAAAAUCGAUCACAACAAGCAUUAACCUAUUGGCAUAAAGCAAAUGAUAUUUUACGUAAUACAUUAUUACCACAAGAUCCAUUGGUUAGGAAAAUUGAAGACGAAAUUCGACUUGCUUCAUCGAAAAUUACAAACAAUGAAUCAAUGAAAAAGACAGGAAAAAAACGUGUUGCAGCAACUUAA